AUGAAGAAUUACCUGUUGAACUAUGUGUCCCUAUACAGCGUGUGUUCUCGAGUGUCUGUUUCUCUGUCUCUUUGACCCCCUCAGACUCAACACUUAGCCAUGGCAUCUGUGUCAGUCAGCUCUCGUCUAAACAAGGCCAUCCAUCAGCACUACAUGUCCCUCCCUCAGGGGGACUUGUGUCAGGUCACCUACAUCUGGAUCGAUGGCUCCGGGGAGGCCCUGAGGAACAAGACUCGCACCCUGGACAGAGAGCCCCAGGGAAUAGAAGGUAACACAUUAAAUCAAAUGUUAUUUGUCACAUGCUUCAUAAACAACAGGUGUGGACUAGCAGUGAAAUGCUUACGGGUCCUUCCCAACAAUGCAGAGAGAAAAAAAGAGAAAUACUAGAAAAAUAAUACGAGGAAUAAAUACACACAGAGUAUCGAUAACUUGGCUAUAUAAACAGGGUAAGUACCGAGUCGAUGUGCAGGGGUACGAGGUAAUUGAGGUAGAUAUGUUCAUAUACAGUGAGGGAAAAAAGGAUUUGAUCCCCUGCUGAUUUUGUACGUUUUCCCACUGACAAAGACAUGAUCAGUCUAUAAUUUUAAUGGUAGGUUUAUUUGAAGAUUGAGAGACAGAAUAACAACAAAAAAAUCCUGAAAAACGCAUGUCAAAAAUGUUAUAAAGUCAUUUGCCUUUUAAUGAGGGAAAUAAGUAUUUGACCCCUCUGCAAAACAUGACUUAGUACUUGGUGGCAAAACCCUUUUUGGCAAUCACAGAGGUCAGACGUUUCUUGUAGUUGGCCACCAGGUUUGCACACAUCUCAGGAGGAAUUUUGUCCCACUCCUCUUGGCAGAUCUUCUCCAAGUCAUUAAGGUUUCGAGCCUGACGUUUGGCAACUCGGACCUUCAGCUCCCUCCACAGCUUUUCUAUGGGAUUAAGGUCUGGAGACUGGCUAGGCCAAUCCAGGACCUUAAUGUGCUUCUUCUUGAGCCACUCCUUUGUUGCCUUGGCCGUGUGUUUUGGGUCAUUGUCAUGCUGGAAUACCCAUCCACGAUCCAUUUUCAAUGCCCUGGCUGAGGGAAGGAGGUUCUCACCCAAGAUUUGACGGUACAUGGCUCCGUCCAUCGUCCCUUUGAUGCGGUGAAGUUGUCCUGUCCCCUUAGCAGAAAAACACCCCCAAAGCAUAAUGUUUCCACCUCCAUGUUUGACGGUGGGGAUGGUGUUCUUGGGGUCAUAGGCAGCAUUCCUCCUCCUCCAAACAUGGCGAGUUGAGUUGAUGCCAAAGAGCUCGAUUUUGGUCUCAUCUGACCACAACACUUUCACCCAGUUCUCCUCUGAAUCAUUCAGAUGUUCAUUGGCAAACUUCAGACGGGCCUCUAUAUGUGCUUUCUUGAGCAGGGGGACCUUGCGGGCGCUGCAGGAUUUCAGUCCUUCACGGCAUAGUGUGUUACCAAUUGUUUUCUUGGUGACUAAGGUCCCAGCUGCCUUGAGAUCAUUGAGAUCAUCCUCCCGUGUAGUUCUGGGCUGAUUCCUCACCAUUCUCAUGAUCAUUGCAACUCCACGAGGUGAGAUCUUGCAUGGAGCCCCAGGCCGAGGGAGAUUGACAGUUAUUUUGUGUUUCUUCCAUUUGCGAAUAAUCGCACCAACUGUUGUCACCUUCUCACCAAGCUGCUUGGCGAUGGUCUUGUAGCCCAUUCCAGCGUUGUGUAGGUCUAAAAUCUUGUCCCUGACAUCCUUGGAGAGCUCUUUGGUCUUGGCCAUGGUGGAGAGUUUGGAAUCUGAUUGAUUGAUUGCUUCUGUGGACAGGUGUCUUUUAUACAGGUAACAAACUGAGAUUAGGAGCACUCCCUUAGGAGUGUGCUCCUAAUCUCAGCUCGUUACCUGUAUAAAAUACACCUGGGAGCCAGAAAUCUUUCUGAUUGAGAGGGGGUCAAAUACUUAUUUCCCUCAUUAAAAUGCAAAUCAAUUUAUAACAUUUUUGACAUGCGUUUUUUUCUGGAUUUUUUUGUUGUUAUUCUGUCUCUCACUGUUCAAAUAAACCUACCAUUAAAAUUAUAGACUGAUCAUUUCUUUGUCAGUGGGCAAACAUACAAAAUCAGCAGGGGAUCAAAUACUUUUUUCCCUCACUGUAGGUAGGGAUAAAGUGAAUAGGCAACAGGAUAGAUAAUAAACAGUAGCAGCAGCGUACAGUAUGUGACUAGUCAAAAGAGUGCAAAAAGCGUCAAUGCAGAUAGUCUGGGUAGCUAUUUAACUAACUAUUUAGCAGUCUUAUGGUUUGGGGAUAGAAGCUGUUCAGGGUCCUGUUGGUUCCAGAUGGUGCAUCGGUACCGCUUGCCAUGUGGUAGCAGAGAGAACAGUCUAUGACUUGGGUGGCUGGAGUCUUUGACAAUUUUUAGGGCCUUCCUCUGACAAAAAAGUAUGUGGACACCUGCUCGUCGAACAUCUCAUUCUAAAAUCAUGAGCGUUAAUAUGGAGUUGGUCCCGUCUUUACUGCUAUAACAGCCUCCACUCUUCUGGGAAGGCUUUAGCAUUAAGAUUUCCCUUCACUGGAACUAUCCCGAACCAUAAAAACAGCCCCAGACCAUUAUUCCUCCUCCACCAAACUUUACAGUUGGCAAUAUGCAUUCGGGCAGGUAGCGUUCUCCUGCAUCUGCCAAACCCAGAUUAGUCAGUUGGACUGCCAGAUGGUGAAGGGGGAUUUAUCACUCCAGAGAACAAGUUUCCACUGCUCCAAAGUCCAAUGGCGGCGAGCUUUACACCACUCCAGCCGACACUUAGCAUUGCGCAUGGAUAUCUUAGGCUUGUGUGCGGCUGUUUGGCCAUGGAAACCCAUUUUAUGAAGCUCCGGACGAACAGUUCUUGUGCUGACGUUGCUUCCAGAGGCAGUUUGGAACUCGGUAUUGAAUGUUGCAACCGAGAACUAUUUUUACGCGUUAUGCGCUUCAGCACUUAGCGGUCCCAUUCUGUGAGCUUGUGUGAACUACCACUUCACAGCUGAGCCGUUGUUGCUCCUUGACGUUUCCACUUCACAAUAACAGCACUUACAGUUGACUCGGGCAGCUCUAGCAGGGCAGAAAUUUGAUGAACUGACUUGUUGGAAAGGUGGCAUCUUAUGACGGUGCACCAUUGAAAGUCACUGAACUCUUCAGUAAGGCCAUUCUACUGCCAAUGUUUGUCUUUGUAGAUUGCAUCGCUGUGUGCUCGAUUUUAUAAAUCUGUCAGCAAAGGGUGUGGCUGAAAUAGCCGAAUCCACUAAUUUGAAGGGGUGUCCACAUACUUUUGUAUAUAUAGUAUAGGUCCUGGAUGGCAGGGAGCUCGGCCCCAGUGAUGUAUUGGGCCUUACGCACUACCCUCUGUAGCACCUUGCGGUCGGAUGCCAAGCAGUUGCCAUACCAAGCGGUGAUGCAGCUGUAUAACUUUUUGAGGAUCUGAGGGCCCAUGCCAAAUCUUUUCAGCCUCCUGAGGGGGAAGAGGCUUUGUGUGCCUUCUUCACAACUGUGUUGGUGUGUGUGGACAAUCAUAGUUCCUUAGUGAUGUGGACACCGAGGUACUUGAAGCUCUCAACCCCCUCCACUACAGCCCAGUCGAUGUGGAUGGGGACAUACUCGGCCCUUCUUUGCUUGUAGUCCACGAUCAGCUCCUUUGUCUUCAUCACGUUAAGGGAGAGGUUGUUGUCCUGGCACCACAAUGCCAGGUCACUGACUUCCUCCCUAUAGGCUGUCUCAUCAUCGUCGGUGAACAGCAAACUUAAUGAUGGUGUUGUAGUCGUGCGCUGCCAGGCAGUCGUGGGUGAACACGGAGUACAGGAGGGGACUAAGCACACACCCCUGAAGGGCCCCCGUGUUGAGUGUCAGCGUGGCGGAUGUGUUGUUGCCCCUCACCACUUGGGGGCUGCCCGUCAGGAAGUCCAAGAUCCAGUUGCAGAGGGAGGUGUUCAGUCCCAGGGUCCUGAGCUUAGUGAUGAGCUUGGAGGGCACUAUGGUGUUGAACGCUGAGCUAUAGUCAAUGAACAUAAUUCUCACAUAGGUGUUCCUCUUGUCCAGGUGGGAGAGGGCAGUGUGGAGUGCAAUAGAGAUUGCUGAAUCCAUUGCUCUGUUGGGAUGGUAUGCAAAUUGGAGUGGGUCCAGGGUUUCUGGGAUGAUGCUGUUGAUGUGAGCCAUGACCAGCAUUUCAAAGCAUUUCAUGGCUACAGAUGUGAGUGAUACAGGGCAAUAGUCAUUUAGACAGGUUACCUCAUCGUUCUUGGGCAUAGGGACUAUGGUGGUCUGCUUGAAACAUGUAGGUAUUACAGACUGGGUCAGGGAGAGGUGCUUGCCAGCUGGUCAGCGCAUGCUCUGAGUACGCGUCCUGAUAAUCUGUCUGGCCCUGCGUCCUUAUGAAUGUUAACCUGUUUAAAGGUCUCAAACCUCGUUCACAUUACAAAUAAGUAUGUUGUGCCGGAUAUCAUGCAUUUCAAUGGGGACGACCACAACAGAGUGGAAACGCAACGCCCCCCCUUGCGGUUGAAGGCUGCAUACUUUGACAUUUUUCAAACUUUACGUCGUCUUCAGUUCAGGCAGAGUCCGUCAAAGAACAGGAAGUUACCAAACAACAGAAGAAGAUGAAAAUAUUUGGUUUUCAGUGAUGGCUUUAUGGGAUAGCUAGCAACUUGUAAACAAUUACCCAUUCCUCCUGGCUGUUAAGCCAAUUAUAUUAUAUGAAUGUUGCCUCCCGUUUAAGUUUAUUGUGAAGGUAAUGACAUUUGGUUUUUGAUGAUAAUUGUUAGGUGGAGGUUGCUAGCUACAAUGGUAUCUUCAACCUAGCCUAGCUUUUAGCUAGCUAGCUAGCUGCUCUGCAGUGUAAGCUAGCUUGACAUGCUAUAACAUUAGAGAAACAAGUUGAGGAAAAAGUUACUAAACAAAGCAUGUUUUAUUAUCACCUGAAACAAUAUAUUUAUCCUGUCUUGAAUGAAAAGGUCAUGUUUUGCAAUCUCCCAAAAUAAAUGCGAUCUCUGAUGAGAGACAGGUUCUUCUCCAUCUUGCAUUACAAACACUACACUUGUCCAUUCAGUAGCGGGACAAGACUCCGUGAAGAUGACGUAUGGCGUAAUGAAAUACGUCACGAUGUAAAUUGGGUCAUUACAUCGGUUACGGAGAGCGAGAUUACAUAGUCGUCCGGAACAGCUGGUGCUCUCAUGCAUGGUUCAGAGUUGCUUGCCUCAAAGCUUGAAGAUGAAUGUCCCCCUCCUUGAAAGCAGCAGCUCUUUAGCUCAGUGCUGAUGUUGCCUGUAAUCAAUGGCUUCUGGUUGGGAUAUGUACAUGUGGUCACUGUGGGGACGACGUUGUCAAUGCUUGUAAGAAGGAAUCAGGAGGAUAGAGUUAUGGUCAGAUUUGCCAAAUGGAGGGCGAGGGAGUGCUUUGUAUGCGUUUCUGUGCACAUGUGACAUGCCGGUAAAGAUUAGGUAAGACCGAUUUUAGUUUCCCUGCAUUCAAAAUUCAAAAGGCACUUGCACAUCUGAGCUAUCUUUGUUGCAGGUGCAUGGUAACAAUUGAAUAACAUGAGAGAAAUAAGAAACCAGCACUGCUCUUACUAGUAUCACUGUUCUUUAUUAAGCUUUACUCAUAAGCCUCAAUGACUUCGUCAGAGCUUUUGUGAGUGUUCAGUGCAUCGAAUGGGGUUGGAGUCAAGGAAAAAUAAACGUGUUACCAAAUAUAACAACGUGCAUUUCAGAAAUAUUCUAAUAAAGUAUGUACAUAAAACGUAUUAAACAUGUCUGUAAAACCACAAUGAGGACAUCGACCUAUCAAGUAAGUUUUCAUAAAUCAUUGGGUACAGUGCACGAUAAAAACUUCAGAGUAGGCUGAAGUGGUUUUAACUACAAGGCAUUAGUUCAUGUUCACAUUUACAACAUAACAUGCAUGGACAUUUCAUCAUUAAGACCUUUUGGGAAUAAUGUCUGGAGGGUGUAUUGCUCAGAAGAUUAUUUAUAUCCCCUCCUCUGUCUGAUAUCUUGACUUUCUCUAUGCCACAACAUCUAAAUGUAGAAAUGUCAUGUUUUUGGUCAUUAAAAUGUAUUUAAUCCCUGUCGUUUCUCCUGAUUUAACUUUUAUGUUCACUAAUUCUCUGUUUGUGAGAACGACAGGUUUUUCCUAUAUAAAACAACCCACAUAGACAUUUAAUCAUGUAGAUAACAUGGGUGGAGGAGCAUGUAAUAAUGUAAUUUAUUUGGAACCGUUUUCCUGUAUGUGGGUGGCAGAAAAAUUGACACUUCAUCAUAUUGUUGCACAGUGCGCAGCCUCUGCAUUUAUAGCUACCAUUCAGAAGAGGGCGUAAAAGAGCCUGGCUCAUUUUUCUUUUGUGGCUGGCAGUUGGUAUAGACCAGGGUUCUUCAAUUCCGGUCCUGGAGGGCCGAAACACUUCUGUUUUUUUAUUUCUACCUGGUAGUUAAUUGCACUCACCUGGUGUCCCAGGUCUGAAUUAGGCCCUGAUUAGAAGGAGAGAAUGAAAAACAGAGGUGUUUCGGCCCUCCAGGACCGGAAUUGAAGAACCCUGGUAUAGACCAAUACAAUAAGUGGUGAGUUCUUAAAUUCCGCUGACAAAGCUGGGUCCGAUGAUAAAACAUGCCAGUAUUUCUUGACAGCAUCUCCCACUUUGCGCGAGCUCAAAGUAUAUGUGGUGGUGAACAUUACUGAGUGUUCUUUAGCGCUAGUGGGUAUUUUUUUGUAGAAGUUCAUCUCGUGUUUUCCCUGGUGCCAUAUUAAGAUCUUCAGCCACGCAUUGUGGAGGGUAGCCUCUUAUUAGAAACCUAUUGCGUAUUUCCACUGCUUUUUCUAGAUAGUCCUCUGUGGAGUGGCAUAUAUGGCGCAGGCUGAAAAACGGGCUUCUUGGAAGUCUAUGUAAUAGAGAAUUUAUGUCCCUUUCUUUUCUGUACAGAGUUGUAAAUAGGGUUCCAUUUGAUUUCUCAAUCCACAUAUCGAGGUAAUGAACAGGUUUAGUGUCACAUUCAAUUGUGAAUUUUAGAUUAGGGUCAAUGUCAUUGAGUAACGUCAUAAAGUCUGACAGCUCUUCUCCCGUUCCUCCCCAUAUGCAAAAAAAAAAUUAAUAUAUCGAUAUCACUUCAGGAUUUUAUUCAAGAAUGGAUUUUCAUUUUCAUUGAAAAUGUUCUUCAAAUAGACCCACAUAAAGGUUAGCAUAGCUUGGAGCGAAUGUGGAGCCCAUCGAUGUUCCAUUCGUUUGGAGACAGUAUACAUAAUCAAACCUGAAAUAGUUAUGUCAGAACAUAUUCAGCCAGCUCUAGAAAAAAGUUUGUUAGUGGGUAUUUGUUGCUAUUUCGGUCUCAGGUAGUGUCGGUCUUCCCCCCGUGUGGGGAAUGCUGGUGUACAGACUUUCGACAUCUAAUGUAAGCAAAAAACAGUCUUCUGUUAAUCCCGUUAUUGGUGAGAUCUUGUUUGUAAAAUCUAUAGCGUCUUUCACAUAUGAUGGCAAAGUUUGCACAUGAGAUUUGAUAAAGGAGUCUACAAAGUUCGACAAUGGUUCUAGCAUUGAGCCUAUUCCUGCGACCACUGGUCUGCUUGGAUAAUUGCCUUGUGUUUUUAGAUGUAUGUAAUUUAGGCAAAAGGUACAGGCAUGUAUGACACAUUUGCAGAAAAGGUAGUCAUAUUCAGGUUUUGAGAUAAGGUUGUUUAAUGGGGCUUGCUCCAGAUUUGAGUUAAUAUCCCUUUGGAACACCAGUGUGGGAUCAACACUCAGUUUUCUAUAGAAACGUUAAUUACUGAAUUGAAUCUCUGAAUCUCUUUGUAUUUUUCAUAGUCUAAAACGACCACAGCACCCCCCUUGGCUGCAGGUUUGAUAACCAAAGAUGAGUCUUUCAUUAGUUAAUUGAGUGCCUGUUCUUCUGUCCUGGUGAGAUUCUUCUGAAUAUGGUUUGUUUUUCUCAUUUACACGGAUAUGGCUUCUUGUUCGACUAACCUACAAUGGGUAUUAAUCGAGGAGGAGUUAACCAUAGGACAGAAUGUACUUUUGGGCUUAAAAUGAGUAACAGUUCUUUGUUGUCAGUUACCCUGCAUUAAAAUCCCCCGGCCACUAGCAGUGCUGCCGCUGGAUGUGCAUUUUCUUGUUUGUUUAUGGCCCUAUACAGCUUGUUGAGUGCAGUCUUACUGCCAGCAUCGGUUUUUGAUGGUAAAUAGACAGCUACGGAAAACUCCCUUGGUAAAUAGUAUGGUCUGCAGCUUAUCAUGAGGUAUUCUAACUCAGGCGAGCAAAACAUCAAGACUUCCUUAACAUUAGAGAUUGCGCAUUAGCUGUUGUUAACAAAGAGACACACACCUCCCCCUUAACCUUACCCGCAGCUGCCGUUCGGUCUUGACGAUGCAUAGAGAAACCAGCUAGAUGUAUAUUAUCCAUGUCCUUGUUCAGCCACGACUUCGAGAAAUAUAGGAUAUUACAGUUCUUCAGGUCCCGUUGAUAGAAUAGACCAGAACACUGUCAAGCCCAAAACACUAGGCCCAUCUCACAGAACAUUAUAUCUCUAGGACAGUGCAUUAUAUUCCAUCAUGUUAAUGUUGGUAUUGCUAUUGGCAGAUAUUCCAGAGUGGAACUUUGAUGGCUCCAGCACCUACCAGGCCGAGGGAUCCAACAGUGACAUGUACCUGAUCCCAGUGGCAAUGUUUAGGGACCCUUUCACACUGGGAUCCAACAAACUGGUUAUGUGUGAGGUCCUCAAGUACAACCGCUUGCCUGCAGGUAAUUGUAAACAUAGCAAGAGAUUCCUUUCCUACUUCAGUUGACAGACACAGAGACCAACUGGUUUUGGUCUAUGAUAGACAGCAUCUAACUAAUUGACUGCUUUGACUGUCUCAUAUUCCCGUCAGUCAAACUAACCCUACAAUAUACACCUAUUCCCUCCUGUACAGAGAGUAACCUGCGAUCAGGUUGUAAGAAGGUGAUGGAGGAAGUGAAGCACUAUAUCCUCUGGUUUGGAAUGGAGCAGGAGUACACUCUCCAGGGGAUGGAUGGUCGCCCCUAUGGCUGGCCCCAAAAUGGAUUCCCAGGACCCCAAGGUGACUGACCCUACUAUAUUUUACCAUGUGUCCUUUAGUAAUGUAAAUGGUCUUAAGCACUUGGAAAAGCACUACAUAUAUGAAAUAUAUCUCUGUCUAUAUAAGUCCUAAUGUUAUCAAAUAGGCCUUUGAUUUUGGUCCCAUCUAUCUCUCUCUCUUUCUCUCUCUCUCUCAGGUCCAUACUACUGUGGGGUUGGUGCCGACAACACCUAUGGAAGAGACAUUAUGGAGUGUCACUACAAGGCAUGUCUCUAUUCUGGGGUCAAAAUCUGUGGCACCAAUGCUGAGGUCAUGCCAUCUCAGGUAAACUUUGACCUUUUGCUACAAUGCUGUAGUCUUUCAGGAAGGUUCUACAGAUGGCUAUAUAAUAUUUCCUAACUCUCAUUCUUUUAUCUCCCUCUCUCAGUGGGAGUUCCAGGUGGGUCCGUGUGAGGGGAUAGAGAUGGGAGACCACCUGUGGAUGGCACGCUUCCUGCUGCACCGUGUGUGUGAGGACUUUGGAGUUGUAGCCACUCUGGACCCCAAACCAAUGAAGGGGAACUGGAACGGGGCGGGUUGCCAUACCAACGUUAGCACCAAGGAGAUGAGGGAAGAAGGGGGGCUGCAGUGAGUAUUACUGUAAAAACAUUAUUGCACUGUAAGGUUCUGUAAGGCUGUGUAACUACGAGAUUCAGUCCAACACCUAACCUCUCCCCUCUUCUAUCAGACAUAUUGAGCAGGCCAUUGAGAAGCUGAGCAAGCGACAUGCCCAGCACAUACGUGUGUACGACCCUCACGGAGGCCAGGACAACAUCAGACGCCUCACAGGCUUACAUGAAACCUCCAGCAUCCAUGACUUCUUUGUCGGGGUGGCCAACCGCGGGGCCAGCAUCCGGAUCCCACGGCAGGUGGGCGAGGAGGGGAAGGGAUACUUUGAAGACCGCCGGCCCUCCGCCAACUGUGACCCUUAUGCCGUGACGGGUGCCAUCGCAAGCACCUGCCUGCUCGGGGUGGAGGAGGAAGAGGAGAGUACUUAAGAGAGUGACCAGACUCAUAGACACAUAUAAUACUGUAGCUGCUGGUUGGGGGAAACUGGCCCUUAGGGUUUACAUGAUUGUGGGAUAGAACUAUAUUGUAGCCAAAUAAAUCUAUACUUAAGACUGGUUGGGGGCCUCCCGAGUGGUGCAGUGGUCUAAGGCACUGCA